ACACAGGCAGCGCUUCCGGUGUGGGCUGAAUUAAGCCGAUUGUGAUCCGUACUGCCACACCGCGGCUACAGUCAACCAAGAUGCUGGCCCUCAUAAACAGACUGUUGGACUGGUUCCGGUCGCUGUUCUGGAAAGAAGAGAUGGAGCUCACGUUAGUGGGCCUUCAGUAUUCGGGGAAAACCACAUUUGUCAACGUGAUCGCUUCGGGACAGUUCAGUGAAGACAUGAUUCCCACAGUUGGUUUCAACAUGCGUAAGGUUACUAAGGGCAACGUAACAAUAAAGAUCUGGGACAUAGGUGGACAGCCCCGCUUCCGAAGCAUGUGGGAGCGCUACUGUAGAGGAGUCAACGCUAUUGUUUACAUGGUGGACGCUGCGGACCGAGAUAAAGUAGAAGCUUCCAGAAACGAACUGCACAACCUUUUAGACAAACCACAGCUACAAGGAAUUCCUGUUCUUGUUCUUGGUAACAAACGGGACUUGCCCAGCGCUCUAGAUGAGAAGCAGCUCAUUGAAAAAAUGAACUUGUCUGCCAUUCAAGACCGAGAGAUCUGCUGCUACUCCGUCUCUUGCAAAGAAAAGGACAACAUAGACAUCACACUGCAAUGGCUCAUCCAGCACUCAAAGUCUCGAAGAAGUUGAAAGUGAAGCUGCCCGCCCUCCUCCACCCUCUGACCUCUGCCCCCCCAAAAGGUCACAGGUCGCCUACAGUCAUCCCUUGCACUGCCUCUGUGAAGUAAUCCAGCUCUCUGCUCACUACCACCAUCUCUUGCUUCGCCCUGUACACUACCACGGAUGUGCACCCCCGCAUCCAGUUUCACUAUCGUCAGUGGGUGGAUUGUUCGUACAGGCCAUGUUUGUUUGUGCGCAGCAUAAAAAUAUCUUUGUGUCCUUUUCAUGGUUUCCAGGUAUUUAAUGUUGAUGGGGCCCCUCUAAUUCCACAAUCAUACAUCAGCUCCAUCGCUUUUAAACAUUCAUCGCUCAUGUGAUUGUUGUUGUGAGCAGGUUUUUGCCAAACGAUGACGGUUCUUUUUCUGAAUGCCUUUAAUCCCUGAAAGUCUCUCAGCUACGUGGCCUGGAUUUUAUUUGCUGCUGUGUGAAGAAUCUGUCUCACUGAGUGUGAUCCUAACUAGUUCAAACAUAAUUAAAAAAGUAGAAGGUAAGAUUUGUGGGUGGCGGUUGUGUCUUCAGGCAAAAAUUCCCAAGCGAAAUUUGAAGUGCCUUUGACUGCCAGUGUCCCGAUCAGACGGUUCUUACCCAACAGAGUUUCUCACCCACAAUUACACGGGACGACUCGGCGCAGACACUGUUUGGAUCCUUUGAUUACACCUAACCCCACCUCUCGACAAUCUCAUUGUGUGUUUUGUAAUUACAUAAAAGCUUUACAGUGUCUGAAAAUGGACAGCGCUGCACAGACAGGGAAGAACUUACUGUGGGAGAAAAUGUUACAGUUGUGCCGUUUUCUGGGGAAUCUGAAUGCUGUUUCACUCGUCGCCUCGAAGUCCUCUCUGUAUGUGAAACAUGGAGCGAAAUCUUGGUGGCACCCAAGGAUUUCAGAGGUAUUUGAUAGGUGUCUGUCUCAAAUAUGUUGUAUUUGUUGGGUUUGGACAACUACAGGCCAGUGUUAGUCCUAACCUUUGAAGUGCUUAAAUUCAUACUUUGCCACACCUCUAUAUAAAUGUGUUUUUCUAAAAUCCCUCAUGAUCCAAGAAUGUUUUCUUUAUGAGAUUGACAUAGGUUUAACCACUACUGUCUUACCUGGUGGGUGCGUCUCCAGUGUCUCCUUCAUCUACAAGGCUUCUGCUUGUCCCUCAAAAUGAUGUCCUCCGCCCUGGUUUCUCAUGUCUGAUGGUUGUCCAGAUGAGAGAUUAUUUGGGACCACGGCGGCGGUGAGGGGCUGUUCAGGUGGAGGACUGUGGGUCAUUUUGCAGAAAGCUUUUGCUCCUUGUGUGAAAGUGCAUGUGCUGGAGUUGUUCAAAUUCAGUUGCUGACUUUGUAAAUAGCAUUUUUAUUCAAGCAGAUGUCAUGCAUUCUCUGCCUGUGACUGCUAAUAAAUUUUGUUUUUAUUUUUAA